AUGCCGGCGACAAAGGACUUGGUGUCCGCUCUGCGACCCAAUAGCAGCGACAGCGACAGUGAUGAGGCGCCAGACGUCGUGUUGAAUCAUAAUGCAAUGGAGGACAUGUUGACACAGCGGCGGGAGGAGACAGCGGCGCGUGCACACGCCAAAGCAGUGAUCAAGAGCAGGAAGCGGACGAAGAGCAGACAAGAGACAGAAGUGCCGGACCUGCCUGAUGAUGUGCUAUUGGCCGUUGCUGCCCGGAAGGAGGAGGACGAAGUAAAGGAGGAGGAGACGAGAGAGACGAUGGAAAAGGAGGAAGCUCGUCGGACAAAGCGUCGUAAGGGGAUGGAAGACAACGUGGUCAAGGUGCUGGAGGAGAAGAAGACACACACGAGGCAGUUUGGCAAUAUUUACGUGCAGACACUCGAUUCGUUGGAGAUGACGAAGACAAGAGAAGUGUCGGACAAUGCUCGACAGUUUUUGAAGCUGCGGACGGCGCCGAUGCGACAGAGGAUGAAUGUCAUGGAAGGACACUCGUCCUUGUUCACGAAGAAGCAGAAAUACCGCAGUCAACGACGGUAG